UGUUGUCUUUCCCGGCUACACCUCUGAACUCCCAUUGGCUGUUGUCUGAAGGAGUGGGUGUGGUUCUCAAAGUCUAGUCUCCCACUUGUCAGUCUCGUUGGACAGGAGGUACCGUAGGAAGGCAUGUUCACAAGCCCCUCCCUGCUCCAUGCUCCCUUUUACACACAAGCAGACCCAGCUUCUGUUAUGGCAGGGGCUGCACACUGGCAUUUACAAAACAGCUGCGGCAUGCCACUUUCCCUGACAGCACCUCCCUGCCUUCUCUGGAGACAGACUGGCAGGAGCUGAACUGAGCUGAGAGCAGACUGUAGUGGACUGUCUGACAAACACACCCUCACAUCAGCAAAACAAAGUGGAAGAAACUGCUGAGCACAUGUCACAAGCCAGCAGCUUGCGUUCUCUACUUGAUGACCAAGCCAGCAGUGAGACUGAUUAAGAUGUCUGCAGUAACAGGUGCUCUGCUGUACUUUGCUGAUUGACUGUCAACGAUACCAAAGGUCCAACCAGAUAAUGUGACAGCAAAUUAUUUGGACAACUGAAGACGAAAAAUGAUGGAAGCACAAAACGGAAACAUCUUGCCUCAUAAAACAACAGAGAAUGGAGUUAAAGGAAAACCCCCAUACUCAGUGGAAACCCCUUAUGGCUUCCGACUAGACCUGGACUUCCUAAAAUAUGUAGAUGACAUAGAGAAAGGCAACACAAUCAAAAGAGUCCCUAUCCAGCGCCGAAGCAAGGGCCCCCGAGCAAGCACUCUUCCCAGGCACCUCAAUCCUUCUGGGGGUGGAUACCGUCCAAGCCCCUGGGGAUCUACUGGAGCGCUUGGCCCCAGGUCCCGACAGUCAGACAUCCAUCAUCAUGGCUACACUUCUUGGGCAAAUGAUCAAAGGUCAUCCCUUUCUCCCACAGGGCUCAAAUCCCUGACUGAGAUGGAGGCUAGAAUCAAGGAGUUUGAUGAGCAACCUCUUGGUGAGCACAUCAGACCUCAUCUCCUCCGUGCCUCCAGUCUGCCACUAACAGUACUGCUGAGACAGGGAUCAGAAUCCACAGACGAUCCUGGUAGCCUCCGUUGUUCAAGGGAUCACCUUGUGGGAAGAAACAUCUCCUGUGAGGAUGUCUUCCAUUCCACAGACAGCCCUCGAUCCCAGGACUGCUCAGGACUGUUGAGGCGCCUGACAGAGGCCCUGGAACGUGUGGGGGAGCUGGAGAUGGAGAUAAGGGUGAUUCCAGAGCUCAGGGCACAGAUCUGCAUCCUCCAAGAGGAAAGAGAACGGCUCCGUCUGGACCUGAAUUCCAAUAUCCCACCACUGUCAAUGAAUGGAACCACAGACCCUUACCCCUCUUCCCACUAUGGCACAGCAGACAUCAAAAGGCCUCGGCAUGAAAGUCAUAUCAUGUUUCCGAGAAAUCACGAGGACUCUAAUCCAACACAUGAGUGGAGGACUAGCACAGAUCUAGAUGAGUUGCUGACAGUGACAUCUCUGCAAGCUAAAGUAGCUGUGCUGGAGCAGAAGCUCCAUGAGACCGGUCUGGAGCUCCAGAGGGCCUUAGGGAUGUUGAAGGAGCAGCAGGAGGAGAGCAGGAAUAAUGAUGGGAAGAUUGAACACCUUAUCAGGAAUCCUGGUGUGUGGGUUCGUGCAGAGAGAGUGAUGGUAGACCAGGAUGGAGAUGAGGUAGUGGUGAGAUCCAUUGAACCGUAUAAUAAAGGGUCAAGAAGUCCAGGUGCAUUCAUCCCUGCACGGACUGUUACUGCAAACGGACAAAGAAGUCGACAACAAGACUCUGUUGUCGAUUCUAUUGAAAGGACCCCUCAAGUGUCUGUUGGACCUGGAGACCCUUCAGAUGAUGGUAUAGAUACAGCUGUCAUUGUCCACCACAUCAAGAAGAUCAAACGGCUCCUGGAUCAGCAGUGGGAGUGUUUGUGCGCAGACCAUCAGUCACAAGAGGAGGGUAGACCUCUAAAGCACCCAGACCCCAAAGUCAACUCUCUGCAGCAGGAGAUGAUGGGACUUGUUGACAUCCUUACCUCUUACUAUACCCAGCAUGGACACAAUGAUGAAGAGAGGCUUGAAAAUGGAGCCUCUAAAUCCAUCAUGAGGACAGAUGAAUCUGCUGGGACGUCAAAAAGCCAACAUUCUGGGGGUGUUAAUGAUGGUGGAAAUCUGGUUGGGCAGUACUGUGUGAACCAGAGUGAACAGAAGGAGAGCAGCAUCAGCCCUAGGGAGAUGGCUGUUGCCCAGGUGGAUGUAGACUCAGAGAAGAGACGGAUGGAGAAGCAAACAAGCCCAGACGGACAAAUGACAUUGGGAGGAGCAGGAUCAGGGCAGACAGAUGGAGGCGUAGCAUCUGUGGAAGCCGAGGCGCCAGAGAAAACGGCCAAGAUGAAACCACAGCCCCCAGGAGAACAGAUGGAGGGCAGCUCUAGCUCAGAAACUUCUACUGGGGGCAGGGACACUGUGAGUGCAGAUUUUAUGGCUGCUUGUCAGUUCCUCAAAGAUCACAUGGACAACAUGGAUAAUCCCAAUGAUGACAUGAGGAAGGCCCUGGUCGUGGUGUUUCAACACUGGUUCAGUGUGGCAGCAGAGGAGGCUUCAGUGGCCAGCAGGUUAGCUGUGUACCUAAAAGAAGUGAAGAAGGUCGCACCAUCACUGCUGGCCUUCUUGGUCAACCUGGCUGAUGACAACGGCAACACGGUGCUGCAUUACAGCGUGUCCCACUGCAACUACAGCAUUGUCAGCCUGCUACUGGACACAGGUGUGAGUGAUGCAAAUCUUCAGAACAAUGCUGGCUAUACAGCAGUGAUGCUGGCCUCGCUGACAGCCCCUGAUGGCCCAGGUGGCAUGGAGGUGGUCCGCAAGCUAAUGGAGCUGGGCAACAUUCACAUUCGCUCGAACCAGACGGGCCUAACAGCUUUGCAUUUGGCGGUGAGACACGGGCGAGUUGUGAUGGUUCGCCUGCUGCUGAGCCAUGGAGCAGAUGCUAACAUCCAAGAUAGUCAAGGAACCACGGCUCUGAUGUUUGCAGCUGAGAGGGGGCACACACACAUCGCCAGGCUGCUGCUGGAGAGGAGCCAGUGUGACCUCACCCUGACUGACAAGCGUGGUCGAACUGCACUCUCUAUCGCCAUGCAAGGUUCCCACACGGAUACAGCCACCCUCCUGCAGGCGCAUGCUAAAGCUCGAGCUUUGUAAGAAAACUGGAAAAGAAGCUACAGACACAUGAUCCUCUCACAUAUAUUAUCUGUCUCUGAUGUUGUCUUUCUGAAUUCUGGACAUCUACACAAGCAUUAUCUCGAGUUUUGGAUUAAAUGCACCAUCAAAAACAAGGUUUUAUAUCAUCGGUGUGAGGAAGUUUAGAUGUGUGUAUCACAAUUGCGGAUUCAGCAUACAGUUUUCCAUUGUCUUUUCUGUUGAUGUUCAUAGUUAUGUCUGAUCUUUGCACAUCCAAACAGCAGUUUAGCUUUGCAAACUAUGCAAUGAAGGAAAUAUUUAUUAGUGAUAUGUUUAUUGUAAUCUAUAUGUUGACCUUUAUCAAAAAGUCUGUGCUUAUAAAAGGUUUCGCAAUCCCAGGUGCUUUUAUGGUUUUAGAGGAAAUUACAGAAUGCUAUUUGCAUUUUCGCUGCAGCUGAGCACUUUUCAAAUAAAAUGUGUGUAAAAUGUACAAAUAAAUGCCAAAUACUUGUCUGCAUGCAAAACACAUGAAAGAAAAACACAUUUCUGGUGCCAAUAAAGAAAACUUGUUGAUUUUACUUA